AGUCUUGCACAGCUGUGUACCGGCUCCUCCUCUUCAGUCUUGCACAGGUGUGUACCAACUCCUCCCCUCAGUCUUGCACAGGUGUACCGGCUCCUCCCCUCCAGUCUUGCACAGGUGUACCGGCUCCUCCCCUCCAGUCUUGCACAGGUGUACCGGCUCCUCCCCUUCAGUCUUGCACAGGUGUACUGGCUCCUCCCCUCCAGUCUUGCACAGGUGUACUGGCUCCUCCCCUUCAGUCUUGCACAGGUGUACUGGCUCCUCCCCUUCAGUCUUGCACAGGUGUACUGGCUCCUCACCCUCAGUCUUGCACAGGUGUAUUGGCUCCUCCCCCUCAGGCAUGCACAGGUGACCUGGGCUCCUCCCCCUCAGUCGUGCACAGGUGACCCCUGCACUCUGCAUUACAUACUCCUGUCCUUUCAUGCAUCCUCCAUUAAUCCCCGGUGAUCCUGCCACAAACGUCCUUGUUUAUUCACUUCCUGUUAUAGGUGGGCCGGCCCUC